AUGGUGGAGAGUACAUACGCUGGUGAUUCACCAAGAUCUCGUUCACCAAUGACCGAGCCAUCAAGUCCUCUUCAAGAUAGCCAAAUUUUAUCAAUAAAUCAUAACAGCAUUCAUCAUCAUAAUAAUCAUCGUUAUUUGUAUAGCUAUUCACCUGAUAUAAUACAACAAAAAUUACGUAUUAUUGAUAGCAAUGUGAGAGAUAAUAUUGAUAUACGUGAACGUGGUUAUUUAAAAAAUAAAAGUCCAUUGAGUCCAUCAAAUGAUACAAGAAUUAAUAAUCGUCAUACAAUUGUUACAAGACCAAAUUCAUCUGGUGCAAUGUCAUCACCAGCAUCGUUAUUUACAAUUGACAGUAUUUUAGCACCUAGACCAGUCAACAACACCACCAACACCACCAACAACCACACCAACAACAACAAUAGUAGUAAUAAUGUGUCAUUAAGUACAGCAACAAGUACGACCAAUUCGAUUAAUCAAUCAAAUGCAUCAGAAACCGUCGGAUCACCACAAAGAACAACAACAAUUCAUCCACUUCAACAACAACUUCAUCAUCUUGCCUUUACACCAGCUGAUUUUCUUGCUGCAGCAUAUCCUGGAUUGUAUUCUGGCGGUUAUGUAGCUGCAAUGGCUGCUGCUGGAGUAUCACUACAUGGACAACCAGCAUUUUAUCAUGCAACUCAUCCUUAUCAAAUGAAUCCAAAUGGACCAGGUGUUGGACCAAUGACUAAAAGAAAAAGACGACAUAGAACAAUAUUUACCGAGGAACAAUUAGAACAGCUUGAAGCAACAUUUGAUAAAACCCAUUAUCCAGAUGUUUUAUUGAGAGAACAAUUGGCAUUACAAGUUGAUCUUAAAGAAGAAAGAAUUGAGGUGUGGUUUAAAAAUCGAAGGGCUAAAUGGCGCAAACAAAAACGUGAAGAACAAGAAAGAUUGAGAAAAUUACAGCUGGAACAACGACAACGCAGUGAUGACAGUGGUGGUAGCAAUGUUCCACCAGUGUCAAUUAGAUUUGGUGGUAAUUUAAAUCUAAAUGGUCAUCAACAUGAUCACGAUACUGAUAGUUCUGAUCUUGAAGUUGCGUAG